UUCUAUAUGAUCCUCUUACACAAAUCAUCUCCAACCCUCGCCUUACCUGCUAUCUUCCUCUCUUCUGCCUCGUCCACUGGUCCUUGCCUAGCUCCACCGCCGUCCCAACCUGCGUAGUCGCCAGCCCCAAACCAUUUCCGGGCGUCUAGAGAAUCAGAUUGAGAUGCUCUAGUUACCUAAUCAUACACCACCGGCGCUUUUUCAAUAGCAAGCUAGUGCUAACCAAGUCAAGUUAUAUGGUAUUGAAAAAGUUUGGUGACUAGUGUUAACCAAGCAAAGUCAUAUACUCCCUAUAAGCCAGGUCUGAAUUAACGCCGCAUGUCAGCUCACUACUACUUACUAGUGGUCUCGUUGUUGUUGGAAGCAUAGCCAACAGGAAGGAGCAUCAAAUUCUCCGUAGGUCACACUCACACGCGUGCUCGAUCGAGGCUAGCAAUUAGGCCAUGAAGAAGCCCACGCCGGCUCCUCGUUCCGGCAGCGGCCGCGUCGCCGUGGUACCGAUGCUGCUCGUCUUCUGCUUGGCAUACGUGCUGGGCUUGGUCUCCAACGCCACCUUCCUGAACAACAUCCUGUCGCCGUUGCUGAUGCCUGCCCCCCGGUUGCCGGCAACGACGGAAGCUGUACCAUGCAUACUACCGCCGUUGCCCCCUCCCGAGCCGACGCCCCCACCCCCACCACCGCCGACGCCGUCUUCAUCACCUGAGAGACGGCGCAUGGAAAGCGACGGCGCGAUGCACAACAUGAACGACGAGGAGCUGCUCUGGAGGGCGUCCAUGGUGCCGAGGAUCACGAGCACACCCAAGCACGGGAUCGUGCCCAAGGUCGCCUUCCUGUUCCUGGUGAGGGGGGACGUGCCGCUGCGUCCCCUGUGGGACAAGUUCUUCGAGGGCCACGAGGGGCUCUACUCCAUCUACGUGCACACCAGCCCCGACUACACCGGCUCGCCGCCGCCGGACUCCCCGUUCUACGGCCGCAUCAUCCCGAGCCAGAGAACGAGCUGGGGAAACAUCAACCUGAUGGACGCGGAGCGGCGGCUGCUGGGGAACGCGCUGCUGGACGUGGCCAACGCGCGGUUCGCGCUGCUGUCGGAGUCGUGCAUCCCCAUCCUGGGCUUCCCCGCCCUCUACGCCUACCUCACCGGCGCCAACACCAGCUUCGUCGACAGCUUCGACCGCCGGGACGGGCGGGCGCGGCACCGGCAAUUCUUCGCGGACCGCAACAUCAGCCUGGCGCAGUGGCGCAAGGGCGCGCAGUGGUUCGAGAUGGACCGCGCGUUGGCGCUCGAGGUGGCCUCCGACGAGACCUACUACGGCCCGGUGUUCCGGAACGGCAAGCACGGGGUCCGCAACCUGGAGGAGCACUACCCCAUGACGCUGGCGAGCCUGCUGGGCUGGGGCGCCCGCAACGCCAACCGGACCGUCACCUACUCCGACUGGCGGCACCCGGUGGGGCAGCACCCGAAGACCCACAACAGCAGCGACGUCACGGUGGAGCUCUUCCAGGAGAUGAGGCGGGGGUAUGGCGACUGCUACUACAACGGCGUGGUGGCGGAGGUUUGCGCCGUGUUCGCGCGCAAGUUCAAGCCGGAGGCGCUCCACGCCCUGCUCGACCUGGCUCCCAAGCUGUUUGCCUCUGGCUGACAGGACACCUUUUGAGCUCGUUUUCGCAUCACUUGAGUUCUACUCCUAACUAGUUGUCGCGGAAAAAAAGCUCGAUCGAUCGCCUAACUGAUCGAUCUGCACCCGUGCUUACGUUCAACGGUUCAAUAAUCCCUUUUUCCUUCAUUAGUGAUGAAAAGCAACCGGUUAACGUCGACUGCAAGUGCAACGCACGAUCUUAUACUAGGGAGGAAGAGAAGAAUUAGUUUGGAAGGUUAAGUAAACCUUUGUAAGUUUUUGUAGGUGUAGCAUUAUUGCGAAUGUAUAUUACUGAUUUAUAUU